CGGCCGCGGCCCCGUCGGAAGGUCACAACCCUCCGCGAGGGCGUCCCGUCGCGAGUCGAUAACGGCUUUCGAGUCUCGUCGCGCGACACGUCGCGUCGAAGGGUUCAUCGCGCACCCUAAACUCCCGCGCACCGGCCUCGCACAUCGGAGCCGCGGGUGUUGCGAUCGUUUAUUUUUUGGUAGACGGUAGUGGAGAGAGGGAUGGGUGGGGGCGCGCCGCUCGAUGUCGGCGAGGACGGCGAGCCGCGGGCCAAGGGCGAGCCCGAGCUCCCUUAUAAGAAGGAGAAUAUCCUGGGGAUGAUGAAGGCGCGGGGCGGCUGGCUCACCAUCUUCUUCGUCGGCCUCGUGCUGGCGGCGCUCGUGGUUGAGCAGUUCGAGCACCUCCUCCAGGCGAACGUAGAGCUGAGCUACUUCGUGCCGCUGCUCAUCGGCCACGGCGGGAACACGGGGAGCCAGUCCGUGGCGACAGUGAUCCGCGCGGUGGCGCUGCGACAGGUUGGCGUGAGGGACAUGCUGCACGUCAUAUUCAAGGAGUCCGUCGCGGGCUUCCUCAUGGGCCUCGGCCUCGGCCUGGUGAUCUACAUACUCGCGAUAUACUGGAACGGCCUGGAGGUGAAGAUAGGGCUGGUGGUAUGCAUAUCCAUGCCGUUGGUGUCCGCGUGGGCGAACAUGCUGGGCGGGCUGCUACCCCUCUUGUCGGUUUACCUGGGCUACAACCCCGCGGUCACCUCCGCGCCGCUCAUGACCACGGUGGUCGACAGCAGCGGACUCGUGAUUUACUUCAUGGUCGCGGCUUCCAUCUUGCAGUUUAAGGACACCCCGGAUGAGGAGACGCCGCUGGAGAAGCUCAUCGUGGACCAGUCUCCGAUCGGACGUAAGAUGUUGGGAUGGUGAGCGGCGCGCGUGCGGUGAACGAUUGCAGUGGAGGAACCCGUCGGGUCGGUCGCGUCGCCAACCGGAGUUGUCGACGCGUCCCCGGCUCGACGGCGCUGGAACAAGUUUUGUGUACAUUAAAUAAAUGCGAGUUGACAUUGC